AUGUGCUGCGAAGUGACGUGGGACCAGCCAGCACAUGCAGUCAAUCCGGAAGGAUUGAACCUACCGAAGGGAGUGACGUUGGCGGAUCCUCAUUUCUAUGAGCCAGGGCCAAUUGAUCUACUUAUUGGGCGAGAAGGUUACAACGAUCUACUUUUGGGUAACAUUCUUCGGUUGAAUAGCCCAAAACUACUACUGCAAAACACGGAGCUGGGUUGGAUUGUCUCAGGUCAGGUAAGCCAAGGUCUAACACACUCUUCCUUAGUGCUCAACGUCAUGACGCUGAAUGACCAACUAAGCCGGUUUUGGGAACUGGAAGGCUGCUACUCCCCUGCGAUGUUAUCCGUCGAGGAAGCUGAGUGUGAGGCAGCAUUUGUACAAACAACUUCACGAGACCACGAAGGCCGUUUCGUGGUAGCCUUACCAACGCGUACUGAAAGGCUUAAUCAACUAGGUGACUCUUAUGAAGCUGCAUCACGGCGGCUACAAUCGCUCUGUAGGCGAUUAAAUAUCGACUCGAAAUUGAAGCAGGAAUAUUCUAAAUUCCUACAGGAGUAUCUCGAUCUAGGACACAUGGAAGAAAUUCCAUCUGACCGCCAAGACAUUGGAAAGACGUAUUACAUGCCGCAUCAUUGUGUAGUACGACCCGACAGCCUCACGACUAAGCUAAGAGUCGUAUUUGAUGCAUCCAGUUCUACGGAUACAGGGGUAUCCUCAACGAUGCACUGA